GCCGACAAGAUGAGAUAUCUAAGGAGCUGAGAGAAUGAAUCCGCGUAUAAGAAAUAUAGGAUCAAGUCGUCACCCGGAACACAUUAGAAAAUUAUAGAAAAGCUACAACUUAUCAACUAAUCAAUCUAUUUACCAUCGUUAACAUGUUCGGCACCAAAGCAGCUCUUUUAACCAUACUACUAGCCGCCACGGCCGUGUGGUCGGAAGUAUCACCGGAUGAGACAUGUGGCGUUGAUAAGGCCGGCAAUAAAAAAGGCUACACAUGUCCCGGGGAGAAGAAGUGCUGCUCCUCCAAUGGCUACUGUGGCGCAACGGAUGAAUACUGCCUGAAGACUGUAGGGUGUCAGAGCAAAUAUUCCAACGCGACAGCCGCUUGUGUCGAUCCCGUCGAUGGUAAGACAAUUUCGCCCGAUGGCACUUGCGGAUCCGAAGGGGCUGGCCAGUACGGUUACCGGUGCCCUACUGAGGGAGGAUCUUGCUGCUCUGUCGCGGGCUACUGCGGAAACACUACUGCUCACUGCCUCGACGCAGAGGGUUGCCAAUCGGCCUACGGAGAAUGCCAGUGAAUAAGGACCUACGAAUGACAUCCGUAGGACUUUUCGUCUUGUAAUGGCUAUAUUAUGAGGAAUAAAAAUCAUUGGGUACUUUGUGUCAAGGGAAGAUUGUUCAGAUUGCUUGAAAAUUAGAUGGAACGGUAACUUUGGAGAAUAGGAUACAAUGUCCAAAACGAUAACGACAAUGAAUGAUUGCUAUUGGGGCUUUGAGUAUUGAAAAUCAAAAUGAUAGAAUAGUUGUCGAAGGGUAGUACAAUAUAUGAAGCAUUUUAUUUUGAGAAGUGACAGUAGGGUUGGCUUGGGAGAUAUCGAAAUAAAGG